UGAGCUCUAUUGAUGCAUUUGUUUCGGAGUUAUGAAUAAUUUUUAAAAAGUCUGAAGUGUUUAUUUUACCCUACCCUUCCCUAUGUCCAAUGGAAAAUAUUUUAUUGAAAAAAUUAGUAAAAUUUCGUGUUUUUUUCACCAUUGUUCCGGUUGAGACAUUCUCUAUAGGAAUUUCUUAAUAUUAAUUUUCCACUUUAUUUUUCUCCUCUUUUCAUUGAAAGAAUCAAACACAAAAUUGAAAAAUUUAAUGCGAGGAAUUUUGAUAGAAAAUAUCUCAAUAGAAUAAGUGUUUAGAAUAUUUCAGGGGCAAGAGUUCGAUAAAAUAAAUAUAAUGUCUAAUAGUGAAAAACUUUCUCCACUUUCCGUGAAUUAGAUUCUUUUCAUCAACUAAUAAAUUCCAUAAUCUUGAUUUUUCCUUUAUGAUUUUUUUUCUUUUAAUUAAUUUAACUCAUCUUCUGUCUUUACUCACGCGGCGAAUAUGUAGUAAUUUCAAUUUAAAUUCUGUUAAAAUACAUUUCAAUGGAGUUGCUAUGCAACAACCAUGUUUAUCGAAGAUAAAUACCCAGAGGUUUCAUAUGAAGAUACAAAAGCAGUGUAAAAUGCUCUCUAUAUAAUUGUAAACCAACUACUUCCUUAAUUUGACUUCACAUUUGUUUCUGAUGACAAAAAAUACAUAUUUUUUUUACUUCUCUCUGUGAACGACAAUUAAAACGAGAUGCCUCCCACGAUCGCCCAAAACGAACCGACAACGAACAUUGAACAAACCCCAUCGACACUUCUGAACAUGAAAUCCAAGGAUGGAUCGACGAAAUAUCCAGAAGGAAAACGCAGGAGAUUCCUGAGGGAACUGCUAGUCCUCGAGGCGUUGAAAAAAUUUCUUCCUCAUCCGGUGGAUGAACCCAUGAGUUACGAACCUACUUCGUCAGAAUACGUCGAUGAAUAUUGCCUAGAGGAUUUCGUACCUAUUCUGGAGAAGGAAGAAAUCCUCACGGAGAAACAAGUGAAUUACCCUCUCUACGGUCGCAGCAUAAAUAAAACAAUUUACAACGAGAAAAUCUCCGCAGAAAUACUGAAAAGGCGCUCAACAGUCCCUAAUCUACACGAACCAUUCCGAAGAAAUUGCAGUUUUACGACACCUGUUGCAGAUCGUUUGACGGAAUAAAAACCCCAGCUGUUUUAUUCGCUCAAAUACUCUAAUGAAAAUUUAUUGUAUACGCAUUUUUUUUACAUACAAUAUAACUAUUUGGUUUCAUGACAAUAUAUGCAGACGAAUAAAUGAUUAAUCAGUUGUUCGAAGUAACUUGUCAUCUAAUCAUAAUUAUUAAUCAUAAUCUUGAAAAUAUUGAUGUGAAUGUUU